AUGUCGAAGAACACGGUGUCGUCGGCCCGGUUCCGGAAGGUGGACGUGGAUGAGUACGACGAGAACAAGUUCGUGGACGAGGAAGACGGGGGCGACGGGCAGGCCGGGCCCGACGAAGGCGAGGUGGACUCCUGCCUGCGGCAAGGAAACAUGACCGCUGCCCUACAGGCAGCUCUGAAAAAUCCCCCCAUCAACACCAAGAGUCAGGCGGUGAAGGAUCGAGCAGGCAGCAUCGUCUUGAAGGUGCUCAUCUCUUUUAAAGCUAAUGAUAUUGAAAAGGCAGUUCAGUCCCUGGACAAGAACGGUGUGGAUCUUCUAAUGAAGUAUAUUUAUAAAGGCUUCGAGAGUCCCUCUGACAAUAGCAGUGCUGUGUUAUUGCAAUGGCAUGAAAAGGCACUUGCUGCCGGAGGAGUGGGGUCCAUUGUUCGAGUGCUGACUGCAAGGAAAACUGUGUAGCCCAGCAGGGUCUGGGUCUCUCCUCUGGGUGUGGGAGUUGCUGGUACAAAGACCAAAACAACCAAAUGCCACCGCUGCCCUUGGGGGUAGCAUCUGUUUCUCUCAGCUUUGCCUUCUUGCUUCCUUUUUCAUAUCUGUAAAGAAGGAGAUUACAUAUCAAUUUUCCUUUCAUGAAAAUUGGGAUAAUAUAGAGGAAACGUUUCAACAGGAGUGUUUCACGCUCUCAAAACUAUUACGGUGAUGUGUAUACCUGUCUGUAUAUAAUAUAAUUUGCCUUCAAGUUUAAGUGUGCAAUUUUAACCCCUAUUGGCUGGUGGGGGUUUUUUUGUUUUGUUUGCAUUUUUGUUUUUUUGAGGUGUUCUGUUUUGUUUUUGACUAAUAGUGAAAAAUUUGAUCUGAAUUUGAGGCCAGUUUCCUAACUCAUUGCUAGCCAGGAAAUGAUCUUUACAAAAAAUACCUUUGAGAAACUGGCAGCUAUUAACAUUGCAAAACUGGACCAUAAUUCCCGUAUUUAAGCAAAAUGUGUUUCUGGAACAGGUGGUGGGUGAACAGCACGACCGAAUUCCACCUUUGUUUCUGCUUACCUCCAGAUCAUGUGAGCUUAAGUAUGCCUCUUCCUCUCCGCACCCAGUAAUCAUGGCCUCUCGAUUUCUCUGUGGUCUCCAGGGUCCAGAGCAAGAAGUCUUGCUCUAUAAAAAUGUAUCUAUGAAAUGCCAGAGCCUGUUUGGCCUGAGCAUAAAACUUUGUUCUAAUAAUAUGACCCUAUUUGGGGAAACUACUCCAAAUCAGAAAAGACAUGAAAACUUUGAUGAAGUUCAAACUCUGGGCAGCCUGUGAAUGAAAUGCUGAUUUAUUUAGAACUCUAAUAGCUGCCUUAGACAUGAUGAGGUAUAUAACUAGUAUCUGAUAUGCCCUAUAAAUGUCUUCAGUGUUCUUCAGGGUAAAUAGGAUCUUAAAAACUUUGGUUCAGAUCCAGACAUCUACACAUUCUGUAUUUUAGCUUAGUGGUUCUUAAAAAAGGAAAACGCCGCAUAGCAAAAAGUGUUUACUUGUUGGACAAACCAAAUGGGUUCUCAAAAAAUGACCGGUGCUUAUAAAAAGUUAUUAUUCAGUGGCUCCAAAACAAACCACCCAAAUGCAUAUGACCAAGAGGGAAAUCAGCCUGUGUUUCGUAUUUACAUUGGGCGCCAGUUUCAUAAUCACUGUCUUAUGUGAAAACUGGUGGGGAAAUUCUAUAACCUCUUUGCUGUUUUUGAUACCUGCUUUUUGUUUUGUAAAAAUGAUAAAGUUCAGAAAAUAAAAUGUCAGUGUUGAAUAAUU